AUGUCUUAUGCCUACAGAGAAAGAGAGCGUGAGUGGGAUGACUAUUCUUCACGGCCAUCUGACCAUCGUGGUUAUACUGUAAAACGCUACGUCGUUUCUUCCGAAGACAGCCGAGACCGCGAGCGCGAACGAGACUUUUUCCGCCGCGAUGACUCGGGCACUGGUGAUCGGGAACUUGUGAUUCGGCGCAGAACCGAGCCGCACGAGUCUGACUAUGAAGUGCGGCGCGAAUACCGCACAGAACGUGACUACGAACCCCGGUCAAUCCAUGAGCCUGACUAUCAGGUAGUUCACCGAUCCGAGACCGACCGGGAUCCUCGUGAUGUAGAGUACUACUAUCAAAGACGUGUUCGCGAGUACGACGACGACCGUGAGCGCCUAAGACGCGAGAUCAGCCCUCAUGAUUCCGUCUCACAGGCCAGCACCCGGAGACACCGUGACCGCGACCGUGACCGCGAUUAUAGCAGCGACGACAGCAUGGUUUACAUACGCAAAGAAACUCGCGAAUACGACGACGAGCCUCACCAUCACAAGCGUCACCUUGCCGAGGGUGCCGUUCUGGGAGCAGGUGCAAUGGAGCUCUUGCGCCAUCGCAGCAAGAGUCAGGGUCGCCAAGUUUCAGGUCCAGCUGGUCGAGUUGGCCAGGAUGUGGGUGCCGCAGCACUAGGUGCCGUUGCAGCUAACGCUAUCGACCACUAUCGCAGUAAGAGCCGACGCCGCUCUUCAUCCGUGGAGGAUGAUAGGAGCUCGCGGCAUACUCACCAUCGUCGCCACCGAUCUAGGCACCGCAGCCGCAGCCGGUCGUCGUCACAUUCGAGGGCCAAGACAUUGGCAGGUAUUGGCUUGGGCGCUGCAGCACUUGCUGGUGCUGUCGCUGUGGCUCGGAAGAAGUCGCAGAGCAACAAAGGUAGACGAAGUCGCUCGCGCCAUCGUCGUGACUCGCCCUCUCGCGGCGACGAUGCGCGUGCCCCUUCAAAGAACCGCAACCAACACAUAGCAGCCGCAGGUCUCGCAGGUGCGGCUGCAGCGGGCAUAGUCGAAAAAAUCCGCAGUCGAUCACGCUCACGCAAGGGAGAAAGCAGGUCAAGAAGCCGGAUCAGACAGGGUUUGCCAAUUGUUGCUGCUGGUUUGGGAAGCGCCGCUGUUGCCGGUCUCUACGAAAACAGAAAAGCCAAGAAAGAAGGAGAAGCAACAGGGCGAGCGCGUUCCCGCUCAGUAAGCCGCAGCAGAAGUGCCAACUUCCCGGACCCUGGAAAAGAGUCCAACGGUCUCAUCGAGUAUGGCCAGGAUCCUCUUUAUGGCAACAUCCCAGCAGCAGAUUACUAUGGCCGUCCAGCCAGCGCACAAGGUUACUAUCCCGAUGCAGUUGUCCCGGCCGGUGCUGGGGACUCGCACAAUCACCGUAGCCAAAGUCGGGGGUAUAGCCCUUCUGAGUCUGACUCGGACCGAAGCCAUCGUCGGCGACAUCGUCGUCAUCGUGAAAGAGAGCGAAGUGGCAGUCGUAUCCGCGAUUUUGCAGAAGCUGGUUUGGCAGCCGCUGGCUUGGGCUAUGCGGCAAACAAGUUCUCUGGAAAGAAGGAUCGCAAGGACAAGGAGCAUCGGAGACGAAGCCGACAUGAUAGUGGCAGAGAUCAUGACUCUUAUGAAGAACCAUAUGACCCGGCUCCCUACAUGCCAUCUCCUCCCCCGGCAGGACCAGCACCUGGAGGUGACAACUAUUACCCAUACACAAAUAGUUUCCCACCACCCCCAGGGGUAACGUCCAACCCGGGAAACUUGCCAUACCCACCAGCGGAAUAUGCACCACAUCCUGGAGCAGCACCGGGUCCCCAGCCACAAGGCUAUCCUCCCCCUCCAGGGCCGCCUCCUACCAGCGAACCGUACGCUCCGCAGCCGCGCCGGGCUGAUGAAAACGUGAGUGUCCCUUUUCUUGACGCGCAUCACAGACCAGAUGGUUUAAUGGGACAGCAUUCUACGCUAGAUGAGCCUUUGGGACACUCGAGGCAUCGCUCUGUUAGCCAGCCUGCGCCGCAACAACAAUCCAAGUCAGUUUCUUUUAAUUUUAACGGAGAGGAAAGGUCGAAUGCGGAGCCGCAGGCGAGCAGAGACUAUGCUGCCGAAAGGGGAUAUGAGACGGACGACAGUGACUCGACAAUUGAUGGACGGGACCGCAAUCAACAUUCUCAUCGCCAUCGAUCCCGGCGUUCUUCAGUUCCACACGCACACACUCAUAACAACACCACGGAUAUGAACAAUACUUCUUCUACUCGCAAUCACAAACCAGAACGACCGCCUGCUGAUAUUCCGCGAGACUCGGACUCGGAAUCGACGAUUGACUUGCCUGAUCGGUUCGAUGCACAAGGACGGAAGCUUCCCGAGAAAGACGAUGAUCCUCUUGCUGAUACUAUGGAUCAGUUCUUGAAGAGCGCUUUCAUGAACGACAAGUCUCAUUUACGUUCGACGAGUAAAGCCUGGUGA